UGCCACUUCAAAGGAGAGAUAUGGGGCAGCCAUCUGUCCGCCCUCAGAAUCGGCAGGCCAUAUUGAGUUGUCUAUCUUAGAGGCUGGGUGCCCAUGCGGCAGAUGAGGGAAUUUGGUGAGAACACAAACAAAAAAAACAAUUGUGCGAAAUGGGUAUUUGAUGUACCGAACGAGCAUCUUUUCCUCUCUUCCUGGUAUUUACCCCUCCACACUCCUCCACACUCCUUCACGCCUACCAUUCAGUCGUCCUCAAACCGCUCUUUAGCCAACACCCCAAAUAUAGUAGCUCACACACCCAUGCCUCACAGCCAGCAUCCUUCUACGCUUCUGAAAAAGACUCCACCGGCUCUGUCCAUCCCAGAAGUAGUCGUUACUAUCCUCAAAUCCCUCCCCCGAAGGGACCUUCUACAAGCAGCACCUUUUGUAUGCAAAAGAUGGUAUCUCCUUGGCCGCCCACUCAUACAUCCUACGGACUUUUACUGGCUUGGCAGGAUACCACUCACGGAACAAUACCUGCUUGAGGGCAUCAGGAACAUCCAGACACUGCCCAUCAUCUCCUCAACAUCAAGUUGCUAUUAUGUUCGGCCAACCAAACGUAGCGACUGGGGGCUGAUGCAGAAGCAGAUUGCACAGUUGUGGGUCAAGAAUGCGGCAGAGUACUUUCAAGAGCUCGUCAUCGCAGGCAAUCUGUCUAUGGAUUUAGCAGCACUUGAGCCGGUGGUGGUGCUUUUUUCGUCACUCAGAAGUGUGAAGAUUGAGAACUCUUGGAUGGAAACCAUCGACAUCGGGCCUAUCCUAGAGGGUUGUGUUGCACUGGAGCGCCUCAACAUCGACUCGACUUUUUGCCGCAAGCAGACACUUGAGGAUGAGACAAAAGACCAGGACACGCUGAGCGAGAAGGGCAAGCUAGCUAGACUGCAAUUACCCGAGCGGAGCACGGCAACAAAUCUGAAGAGUAUCAGUUUCCAAAGAGUGGAAGUCGAAUUCGCAAAGCUGGAGCGCCUUCUUGCUGGCAGCUGUUCCAAGUCUCCAAUGCCAGGGAUAAUCGAGCUUUUAAUGGAGCAUAUCAUAGUGCUGCUGCCUCAGUCAGUCGUUAGGCAAGAACAAAAAGCAGUCGAAGGCAGCCGAACUAUCGCGGCCACCCUAGCUUACCAAUCGCAAAUAUUGGACACCAUCCAUCGCUUAUGCCCGUACCUGAAUUCGAUUCACUUUUCGCUUCUCGACUGUCGACCAAGGCAACAGGACCAGGCCCUGCUCUUCAGGCAUUUCCCAACCAUCCAGCGAUGGAGUUUACCCUAUUCCGAUGUCCUGCCGUCCACCUUUGUCUCCCUUCAGACCUAUGUAAACAAUGUGAUAUCCUUGGAACUGACUUGCUUCAGCAGCACUGUGUCCCCAAUGACACUGCACGAGUAUCUUUGCAACUCGCCUCAGCUACGUCGUCUCUGCAUCCACAAUAUGGUCUACCCUGCGGAAUACAUGGACCUCGAACCUGUGGCUGAAGGAAAGGAAGGACUAUACUCCCCCAGGAACUGCCAGGAUACCUCAUCAACACCUGCUGUGAGUAGUACUGGGGAUUAUGAGAAUUCAUCAAGUCAGCUCUGGCUUCAACGGCGUGUGUGGGCCUGUCGCAGUUUGGAAACACUUCAGAUCAAAAUUGGAGGGCACUCUGGCGAUACUCGAUCCGGUCGAAACUCCAGAGUCAUGUUCGCAUAUCUGUGUCUGGUCUGUCCAAACCUGCGCGAGUUAAGCAUCACGAGGGAGAUGAUGAAUGUUGAGUUGGAAGGCGGGCUCUGCUAUUUAGGGGCUAUGGAAAGCCUGGAAACGCUGACGCUACAGUCGACGCACUUUUGGAUCAAGCACGUGUCGGAUAUAGGGUGGAUUCAGAGGUCUUCAAGAGCUGCUGCUGAGGCCGCUGCAGCAGCAGCAGCAAAGAAGAGAUCGAGGGCAGCAAAGCCUGCCGCCACCAGCAAAAACAAUAUGAGCAGGAACAUCAGCAGAACAACCACGCGGAGCUCGUUGGUCUCCCGAUCGGCGGUUUCAUUUGGACGGAGCAAGACACGAGUGUCAGUUAGCAGUGGGAAGAAGGGUCUACUCAGCAGGGUCGCUAGGAAGCUUUUUGGAAAGAAUGGCUACGAAGGUGAGGCCAUGACACGAUCAAGGACAACUACAUCUGCGGAGAACUCUUCUACAUUGGCUUCCAGGUUUGAGCGUGCGGAUGAAAAGCAGAUUAUCCAGCGGCUGAUCAGCAUGUUCCAGCCAGAGGGCGUUAGCAAGUUUUUGGAGAAGCUAGAGAGGCGAAAGCUACGUGCUGAGCAGAGGGAGCGCAAGGGCUACGAUGACGAUGAGGAGGAGGUGGGCUAUUGUUGGCCAGACAUGAAAGUGUUUGUGAUGGAUGCAGUCAAGUUCUCGGGCGUUUCUAGUCAGUCUCUUGAGGCAACCGUGAGGCAGCUUCGACCUGAGAUUACGUUCCGUGCCUUUUCUUAGUGAUGUUCUCCCUCUCGUUAUCAUUAAAACGCCAAUAUACCCGCUACUACCGCAAACUGAGGAUGGCCUAUCACUUUUUUUUUUUCGAACAUGUUCCUGUUGAACCGUGAACACCCGAGUCCGCUAUUCCUUUAUCCUUCCGCUAAUCCCCAUGUCCUCCUCAUCCAUGACCUCCUCUCCAUUCACUGCAGCCAACGCAAUCAUCUCCUCCUGGAGGGAUGCACUCUCGCUCACG